AUCCUUAUAACUACAACCAAAAACAAAAACAACUCUCAAUUCUAUUCUAUUCCAAUUCCCUUUUUUUUUUUUUCACUCUCUCUUGUUUGGUUUCUAGGAAAAUAAGUAAAAAAAUAAGAUAAAUAUAUUCUUGAGUUUGAUCUUUGUGUGGGGGAUAAGCUAUGAACAUGUUGUUUGAGCAGCAUCUGCGGCAGCCACCAGAGGACGCGGGUGUAACGAGGAGAACGAUGACCGUGACGAUGGCCGGGGCUGGGGUCGGGGUGGCGGCGGCUGCUGGCGAUAGAAAGAGGAGGGUGGUGGAGGAAGAGAGACUUGAGAUUGUGGAUUUGAGUGGCAUUUCUUUGAACUCUUUGCCAAAUCCUAAUCUAAAUUUGACCACCAUUUGCAAAUUAGACCUCUCUAAUAAUAACCUUCAGAGUAUUCCAGAGUCUCUUAUUGCAAGAUUGUUAAACGUUGUCGUAUUAGACGUUCACUCAAACCAAUUGAAAAGUCUUCCUCAUUCUAUUGGUUGUUUGGGUAAGCUCAAGACUUUAAAUGUCUCCGGCAAUCUCAUUGCUUCCCUUCCCAAAACUCUUGUGGAUUGCAGAUCCUUAGAAGAAUUGAACGUGAAUUUCAACAAAUUAAUGAAACUUCCAGAUGCAUUAGGGUUUGAGCUAACAAAUUUAAAAAAACUCUCCGUAAACUCCAACAAGCUAAUUUAUCUUCCCCACUCUAUCUCCCACCUUACAAACCUUCGUAUCCUUGACGCUCGUCUAAACUGCCUUACUUCCCUUCCUGAUGACCUCGAAAAUCUCAUCAAGCUAGAAGUCUUGAAUGUCAGCCAAAACUUCCACCACCUUCAGACUUUGCCUUAUUCUAUUGGCCUCUUGUUGUCUUUAGUUGAACUUGACAUUAGCUACAACGGAAUAACCACUCUCCCUGAGUCUAUUGGCUGCCUCAAAAGACUCCACAAACUUUGUGUUGAUGGCAAUCCUUUAUCAUCUCCACCCUCACUUGUGUUCGAACAAGGGCUACAUGCUGUUAAGGAAUACUUGAGUGAGAAGAUGAAUGCAGGACAUCAAAACCAACAUAAGAAGAAGUCAUGGGUAGGGAGGUUAGUUCGAUAUGGAACCUUCAAUGGCGGGUAUGGGUACUUUAGAACUACUGAAUCACGUGAGGAUCGAGAAGCCUUCAUGUGGUCUCAGUAUCGCUCAAUCGAUGGUCUCACUUCGCCGAGGUACGCUGGAAUGUUCUCGGCACGCCGCUUUUUCACAACACGGGGGUAUUUCACUCGAUGACGAUGCCAUUUCCAAUGUCAUCAUCCAAUAUAUAUAUUUAACUUUCCUAAGAAAGAUUAAUCUCAAUUUUAUCAUUUCCAUUGUGAAGUUUGAGAAACUCUUAAUAGAUCAAAGUGGUGCAACCAAGUAUGGAAUAUAUGCUUUCUGUAGUCCUCUCUCCUUUACAUAA